UGGGAGAGCUUAUAAGAGUAAAAGAAGUUAUCUGUGAGUCAAAUAGCUAGAAAACCAGAGCUCAGAGACAAGAGUCUGCAUUCAUACUACACUGCAUCCAAAUUCAAGAAUAAUGAGGACCCUGCUUGUGACUCUGGUUCUUGCCAUGCUGGUGAUGAGUGCCUCUACCCUGAAGUGUUACACAUGUAUUCGUUUCCCUGGUGAUGCAUGUUCCAAUUUCACUGAAGAAUGCCCCUCUGAAAAAAAUGCUUGCAUCAACGGUGUUCUUACCAGAUAUCCCUUCGACAUUAUCAGGAGAUGUAUCAGAAUGAGUGACUGCAUGCUUUUGAUGAAGACUCCUGGCAUCAAUGCCGUAUGCUGCCAGUCAGACCACUGCAAUUAAGCCACAAGGGGUGAACCUUGCUUGUCAGUAAUAAAGAUGUGCUCAUGAAUGCAA